AUGAAUAAAUUUGUAAUAUAGACAAUUUCAUUAUUAAAAGAAGAAAAAUUUGUUUUUUUACAUUUAAACCUUAAUAAUUAUUUAAUUAUCAACUUAUAUCCAUUUCUGAAAAGCUAUUUAUCUACUGUUGAAACCUAAGAAUUAUUUUGGUAUCUAAAUGAGAAAGUAAUAAGGAAAGUAGUUUUUGAAUAUACUCUAAUUUAAAAAUAGGGAGAGGUUUGUACCAUUCCAUCAAAGUCUAAACUCAAUUAAAAAAUUCAAUAAAAUGUUUUUACUGUUUAAACUGUUGAUCUAAAAUUUAUUGGACAGUUUUACCCAACCAUUGUAAUAAUAAAGGAUUCAUUAACUUUAGGCAACUUUACAGUGAUUACUUUUAAAAAUAUAAAAUUGGUUUUAAAUAAUAGUUUUCAAGUGAAAGACUUAAUAUAUUUCUAAACAAAAUCCUUAGAAAUACAAGAUUGUAUUUUAACUGCAAUUAAAAAUAUAGACAUACUUGUAGCCUUAUUUUAACUUGAUAGUUCGUCUUUGAAUAUCAUUAAUUUAAUAAUAGAAAACUUAAUAUGUGAUGGGGAUAUAUUUAAAUUGAGAUCAUCUGUUUAGUUAAAAGUUCAUAAUUUAAAUAUAAACAAUUCACAUUUUUUAGGAGGUGCAAUAUUUCGUAACAUAGGCAGCAAACUCUUCGACACUGUGAAUAUUCAUAUGAAAUCUAUAAAUAUCUCUAAUACAACAUUCGAAAGAUCAGCUUUUAUGGUAAUAGGCGAAAUGUCAACCACUUUCAAUCCCAAUGUAUUGAUUCAAGAAGUUAUGUUAAAUGCAGUUACAGUUAAAUAAAGUUAAUGGUUUAGAAUUCUAGUGGCAUCAGAGUUUAAACUUUAGGGUUUAAUUAUCUUAGAUAGUAUUAUUUAGUUAAACUCAUAACUUUAUUAUUCCAAAACCUUUGA